AUGUCUCGCCCAGAGUACACCGCGCCACCGGAGAUCUUUUACAAUGCGGAGGAAGCUCGCAAGUACACAUCCAACACUCGUAUGAUCCAGAUUCAGCGGGAGUUGACAGAACGGUGCUUGGAGCUGCUCGCACUUCCCGAAGACACGCCGGGGUUCCUUCUCGACAUCGGGUGUGGCUCUGGCUUGAGCGGAGAAACCAUCAGCGAUCACGGACACCAUUGGGUUGGCUUUGACAUCUCUGGCGACAUGCUCGAGGUUGCAGCCGAGCGGGAGUGUGGCGGCGACCUGAUUCACCAGGACAUGGGCCAGGGCGUGCCAUUCCAGCCGGGCUCCUUUGAUGGCGUCAUCAGCGUGUCGGCGCUGCAGUGGCUUUGCAACCAGGACAAAUCAUCACACAACCCCAUCAAGCGCCUUAAGCACUUCUUCACCACCCUCUACGGCGCCAUGGCGCAUGGAGCGAGGGCGGUGUUCCAGUUCUACCCAGACAGUCCGGAGCAGCAGAUGCAGCUUGUGACGCAGCAGGCGAUGAAGUGCGGCUUCACUGGCGGUAUUGUCAUCGACUACCCGAACAGCACACGCGCCAAGAAAAUCUUCCUGUGCCUGUUUGCCGGCGUGGUUGGCAGUGUACCCGCGGGCAAGUCUGACAUGAUGCGUGACACGGCGAGCCAGAGCACGGUUGCAUACACACGCGCAGACCGCCGCCGGCAAGCACGACGGAAGAAGCGGGCCGGUGUCAAGUCGCGGGAAUGGAUGAUGAAGAAGAAGGAGUCUCGGCGCAAGAAAUACGGCGAAAACUCUGUCAAGCGCGACUCAAAGUUCUCCGGAAGGAAACGCCCAACAAGAUUCUAA